AUGGAACAAAGUAUACGUAACGAGCUGCCUAGCAGGAAUUUAGUUAGGCUUAGUCCUGCCGAUAAUGAUUCGAUAAACCAAAGGGCACUACAACUAUUACAGAGAAAUCGACAGAGAAGACAGUUACUUCAAAGGCAGGAGGACAGGCUACGUUAUGUUUCCACCAAGAGUGAGCAUAAAGAGAAUUAUGAAAGGCAUAAGGCGAAUGAUGAUGCUAGAGCUAGUGAGCAAAGACAUUCAGAAGUUGAUGGUAAGGGCAUUUUAAAAGCUAAGGCAAAAAGACAUAAAUCUGCAAUGACUGUGAAGAGGAUGAGGUACAGACCUAGUGAUGUAGCUUUACAAGAGAUCAGGAAGUAUCAACGAUCGACGGAGCUUCUAAUUUCUCGAAUGCCGUUUGCCAGAUUGGUGAAGGAAGUUACGGAUCAAUUUACCACAGAAGAGCAACAGUUACGGUGGCAGUCGAUGGCUAUACUUGCGCUUCAAGAAGCAAGUGAAGCAUAUCUAGUUGGUCUUUUAGAGCACACAAAUCUGCUUGCGUUACAUGCAAAAAGGAUCACGAUCAUGCGCAAGGACAUGCAAUUGGCAAGGAGGAUACGGGGUCAGUUUAUUUAA